AUGAAUCGCCACAAGUGUUUGUCGCAAAAACAUGCGGAAUAUGUCAACGGAGCCAGAGGAUCGGUGACUGAAGAAAAGAUGAGAAAAUGGUUUGCAGAAUCUACGGAAUUAUUGGGCGAAAAUAUGUAUAUCUUGAACUAUCCAGAGAGGGUAUUUAAUAUGGACGAAACCUGCUUCUAUUUGGCUCCUAAAGGAGAACUAAUAUUAGGGCCUUGUGGGUCUAAUGUAUAUGAUGAACAGACGAAUUCGAACAAAAAAAAUAUAACAACACUAUUUGCAGCCAACGCUUUGGGAAAUUGGGCACCUCUCUUAACAAUAUACAAAUAUGAGCGCAUUCCAGCUAAGAUCGCACAAUCUGCUCCUCCUGGAUGGGGGUUAGGCAAAUUUGAAAAUAGUUGGAUGACGUCAGAAACAUUCUAUGAAUACAUUGCUAUUAUAUUUGUUCCACAUCUGAUAGAUUCAAAUAUUCCUAGACCAGUUGUUGUGUUCUUAGAUGGCCAUAGUUCACAUCUAAGCUUACGCCUGAGUAAGUUCUGUCGGGAAAAUGGCUUAAUAUUGAUUACUCUUUAUCCAAACUCGACUCACAUCCUUCAACCACUUGAUGUAGCUGUGUUUGGACCACUGAAGUCAUCUUGGAAAAAAACUAAGACAAUGGCGAAUAGACAAUGA